AUGGGGUCUACUUUCGGCGAGUACUUCAAAGUCACCACCUAUGGCGAAUCUCACGGCCUCUCCGUCGGUGUCAUUGUCGACGGCUGCCCUCCCGGAAUGCAACUUACCGAAGCGCAUAUACAACCUCAAUUGACGCGGCGAAGACCAGGCCAGAGCGCUAUAACGACUCCCCGCGAUGAGAAAGACCGGGUGGAGAUACAAUCCGGUACGGAAAAUGGAAUCACGCUGGGAACACCGAUAGGACUGCGCAUCAUGAACGAGAACCAGAGACCGAAGGACUAUGGGAAUAGUACUAUGGAUAUGUACCCUAGACCGGGACACGCAGACCUGACAUACUUGCUUAAAUAUGGGGUAAAGGCUAGCUCGGGAGGCGGCAGGAGUAGUGCUAGGGAAACAAUAGGCCGUGUAGCAGCAGGCUGCAUAGCCGAGAAAUACCUUGAAGACGCCUUCGGCGUCGAAAUCGUAGCCUUCACCUCCUCCAUCGGCAACGAAUAUCUCUUCCCACCGACACCCACCUACCCCACCGCAUCCACAAACCCCGAAUUCCUCUCCCUAAUCGACACAAUAAGUCGAACAGACGUAGACAACCACCUCCCCGUCCGCUGUCCCGACGCCGAAGUCUCCAAACGCAUGGAAGCCCUCGUAGCCAAAUACCGCGACGCACAAGACAGCAUCGGCGGGACCGUAACCUGCGUGAUCCGGCACUGCCCCGUCGGACUCGGCGAGCCCUGCUUCGACAAGCUGGAGGCCUCGCUCGCGCACGCCAUGCUCAGCAUUCCCGCGACCAAGGCCUUCGAGAUAGGCUCCGGCUUCGGCGGAUGCCAGGUCCCCGGCUCGAUCCACAACGACGCCUUCAUCAAAGCGCCGCCGAUCCCACCUGGGCCAAACGGCGAGGCGAAAGCGAAAAACAAGCCAAGACUCACGACUAAGACGAACAACUCCGGCGGCAUCCAGGGCGGGAUAAGCAACGGCGCGCACAUCUACUUCACCGUCGGCUUCAAGUCGCCCUCAACAAUCGGCCAGCCGCAACAGACGGCGACGUACGGCGAGGAAGAUGGCGUGCUGGAGGCGAAGGGGCGGCAUGAUCCGUGCGUUGUGCCGCGCGCGAUUCCGAUUGUGGAGGCGAUGGCUGCGCUAGUGAUUCAGGAUGCGCUGCUUGCGCAGCUGGCGCGGCAGGCGGCGAGGGCGGCGUUGCCGCAGCUGAAGAUGACGUUGGCGCCUAGGGAGACGGAGUUGGGGAGGAACCCGGGGGAGGGAGAGGUGAAUGGGUCGUAA